UACACCUUACAGAGACAUAAAUCACAAGGUAAGACUAAAUGAAGCUACUGAAACAUCUUCUCCUUCCUUCCUCCUCCUGGAUCAUCUUCUUCCUCAUCAUCAUCUUCAACCCCUGGGACUACUCUUUAGCUCUAAACCCACCUUGCCAUGACACAUGCGGCUCUUUACAGCUCAAAUACCCCUUUGGGUCGGGCUACGGCUGCGGCUCCCCCCGGUUCUACCCCUACGUCUCCUGCUCCACCGACUCCAACCAGCUCCUCCUCACUACCCACACCGGUUCCUACCCCAUCACCUCAAUAUCCUACUCCACCUCCACCUUAACAAUCACUCCUCCUUCCAUGUCUACGUGCACCUCCAUGCAACAAUCACCCAACCUGGGUCUCGACUGGGCCAGUCCUUUCCAGCUCGGCCCAUCAACUUUCCUUCUCCUCGCCUGUGCUCCGCCCACCUCCGCCCUCACCGUCAAGGGCUCGCCCAUCUGCGACGCCUCCUCCGCUCACCUCUGCGCCUCCAUCUAUGCUUGUCCAGCCGUCAUCGGUCUGGGUCUGCCGCUUUUCCCGCCGACGAACACCUGCUGCGUCUACUCGCCGGCGAACUUCAACGGGAAGGGGGAGUUGGAGGUGCGGGCGCUGGGCUGUUCGGGAUUCGCGUCGGUGGUGUCGGUUGGGGAUUACCCGACGGACCCGACCCGGUGGGAGUACGGGGUGGCGUUGAAGUACACACAUGGGGCUUUUGACAGUUUCUAUAUGGACGAAAAGUGCAACACGUGCGAGAUGAGGGGUGGUGUGUGUGGGUAUUCUCCGGGGGGCGGUGAGAAAUCAUCUGUUUGUGUGUGUAGGAAUGGUAUUAAUACGACGACGGAUUGUAACAAGAAUACACAGGAUCAGAAUUAUCUUUGGAGCUCCACCAGUUCUGCAAUCACAUCCAUUUCUGUGGUUUCCUUUCUCAAGUGAAGGCGGCAAUGGAUCGACCAGGAAAGACUUCAAAUGCCUGUACAUUUCUUUUGGUUUCUCCACAUUGACUGCAUGCCCUGCCUUCUUAAUGAUUACCAGCUGUGCAUUAUCCCCAAGAUGGCUGUAUAGUGAGAAAAAUAACUUCAAGUUACUCCAACAACUCAUACUCUUCUUGGUUGCUACAGAGGGUAAAGUUGUUUAGAUCAGAAGAAGAGGCAUUUACGUGUCUGGUUUAAUCUCAUUCAUUUCCUACAAUUUCUAUUUGUAAAAUAUUAGUCUUGAUUAUUAUAUUAGCAUCAUUCAAUUGUUAGAGAAUACUUGUUGUGCUUGAUCUAUCAACACCACUUCUUGAACUCCUCGAUGGUGGAUUCAACUCCGAAUUUGAAACACAAGAGUUGAAUUCCUCCAAUCAAAGAAUUCAAAUUGAGAUUAUAGUUAGUUAGAAA